CUGUUUUUGGCCCCUCCCCCUCCUCCUCUCUUCUGUCUUCUUUGGCAGCAGACCACCACGGCGCCGUCGCCAAACAACACAACUUGCUUGCUUGCUUGUUUCCUUCUGGCUUGCCUGGUGCACACUCAGCACACUCAGCACACUCUCUGCACACGAACCUCGGAGACAGGACUUCCUCUCUCUCUCUCUCUCUCCUCUUGUCUGUUUUUCUUCCCACAGCUGCUACUUUGCAGUGACUUGCACAGCACCCCGUCUUGUCAUUUUAUUUGUUGCAGUCGCUGGGGUAAUCACAACGACACACAAACAAACACAGCACACCACACACACACACACACACACACACAAGACCAUCAUGACAGAGUACCGGCUCGUCGUUGUUGGAACUGGUGGCGUGGGAAAGUCUGCGCUUACCAUCCAGCUCAUCCAACAACACUUCGUCACCGAGUAUGAUCCAACCAUCGAGGACUCGUACCGAAAACAUGUGUCCAUCGACGAUGAGGCAUGCCUCCUUGAUAUCCUUGACACAGCCGGCCAGGAAGACUACAGUGCAAUGCGGGAUCAGUACAUGCGGACGGGCGAAGGGUUUCUGUGCGUGUAUUCGAUUGAUUCACAGCAGUCGUUGGACGAGAUACACUCCUUCCGUGAACAAAUCCUCAGAGUCAAGGACCAAGAUGAGGUUCCCAUGAUCCUUGUGGGCAACAAGUGCGAUCUUGAGGAGCACCGGGAAGUGUCGACAGAGGCCGGACAGGCCGUUGCAAAGUCGUACAGCAUCCCCUUUAUGGAGACAUCCGCAAAGAAGCGCAUCAACGUGGAGGAGGCGUUUUACCAGCUCGUGCGUGAGAUUCGCAAGUACAAGAAGAAGCACAACCCCGAGGGCGGCGCUGCGCCGAAGAAGAAGAAGUUCUGCACCCUCCUCUGAUGACCGUCAACCCCCCCCCCUCACACACACACACACACACUUCUUCUUCUUCCCUCCCCUUUUUGCGGCGUUGUGUGUCCUCUGCCAUGCUCAGCACUUGCACAUCCCGUCCAGACCCUUUCAUUCCCCCCCCCCCUUUUCACACCCACUACCUCCUCGCCCAUGUGUCACGUUUGUUUGUGUUUGUUUUGCUCGUCCUGCGUUGCUGUUUUUGUUGUUGUUGCAUGGUGUGCACAUUCAACAAUGUGGUCUGUUGGUGUAUGUGCAUGUGCAUGCGUCUAGACUGGUGGUUGGCUCUUCCACCCACUGUCUGUGUUCUUGUCUCUGUUUCAUGUCACUGUGUGUGCGAGUGCAUUGGUUGCGAGCACUCUGUACUAACGACCCAAAUUACACAACCAAGCCUUGA